CUCCCUCUCCAAAAACAACUGUAAAAAGGAGUUUUUCUUUCCGCCUCCGUUUCAGGUCCUUUGAAGGAAUCGCCAAACAGAGCAAACCAGGAGCAGCCGCUUCUUGAUCCUGCCAUGGUGGCGAUCCGGUGCUGGAAGCUUCGUCGUGCUCUCCCUCUGUUCCCCUGACCGUCCUCGGGCCCGCGCGAGAUUUGUAGGAGGAGCAGCAGCCGGCCGCCAUGUUUGGGUCCAGAGUCCAAGAUGAGGUAGAGAUGCAGAGGAGGACGACCAACAGGAUCUUUCCUGAUGAGAGGCAAGACCAAUUCAAGCUACCAUAUCAAGCUGCACGAGCCGACAGAUUUGGUGCAAAUAGGAUCGAUGGAAAGAACCUUGAGAAGCAUAAAUUGUUGAGUGAAGGCAACAAGUCAUGGCAUCACCGCAUUCUAGACCCCGGAAGUAGUAUGUUGCUAACUUGGAACAGGGUGUACCUGAUGGCCUGUUUGUUUGCCCUUUUCAUCGAUCCUUUCUUCUACUACCUGCCGUUGGUCAGAAAAGAAACUAGUGAAUCUGAUAGUAUUUCAUGUGUUACCAAGGACCAGCGGUUGAGUGUAACUAUCACUGUUCUGCGGUCGCUUGCCGACUUGUUUUAUAUGCUGAACAUUGCAAUCAAGUUCCAUACUGCAUAUGUAGACCCAAAGUCCAGAGUCCUUGGGAAGGGAGAGCUUGUUGUGGAUCUAAAGAAGAUUCAACAAAGAUACUUCAGAACUGAUUUCUGUAUAGACCUACUUGCAGCUGUGCCACUUCCACAGAUUACUGUGGGGUUAGUCCUGCCUGCAAUAAAGCGCUCAGACUAUAACGUCCAGACCACUACAUUUGCUCUGGUUAUUGUGAUUCAGUAUGUCUUAAGAAUGUAUCUCAUUUACCCUUUAAGCAAUCAAAUCAUCAAAGCUGCUGGAGUAGUUGCAAAGUCAGCCUGGGGAGGAGCAGCAUAUAAUCUUCUGCUCUACAUGCUUGCAAGCCAUAUUACUGGGGCAAUAUACUAUCUUCUCUCCAUUGAACGUCAGAUUACAUGUUGGAACCAGCAGUGCCUUGCUGAGUCAUCUUGCAACCUUGGGUUUAUAAGUUGUGAUAAUGCUGGUUUAAGCAGCUAUCUUGGUUGGAAAAGUAAAACAAAAAUAUUUUACAACUGUGAUGCCACUGCUAAUUCUUCACAAUUGCAGUUGGAUUAUGGAAUGUUUUCAAAUGCACUGACUAAGGGUGCCGUUUCAACUUCGUUCCUUGAGAAGUAUUUCUUUUGUCUGUGGUGGGGCUUACUGCAGCUUAGUUCAAGUGGAAAUCCUCUUCAAACGAGUGCAUUCAUAGUAGAGAACGUAUUUGCUAUAGCGAUUGGUGCUGUCAGUCUCAUACUCUUUGCCCAGCUGAUUGGCAAAAUGCAGACAUACUUGCAAUCUGUCAGUAAAAGGCUUGAAGAGUGGAGGUUGAGGCAAAGGGACAUGGAGGAGUGGAUGAGACAUCAUCAACUCCCAUCUUACCUUCAAGAACGUGUCCAGCGGUUUGUUCAAGUUAAAUGGCUUGCAACGCGAGGAGUAGAAGAAGAAUCCAUCUUGCAAGCUUUGCCUGCUGAUAUACGUCGAGAUGUACAGCGGCAUCUUUGUUUGGAUCUUGUUCGACGUGUCCCUUUUUUUGCCGAGAUGGAUGACCAACUUCUCGAUGCCAUCUGCGAGCGGCUGGUGUCGUUCCUGUGCCCGGAGGGCACAUACAUUUCUCGUGAGGGCGAUCCUGUGAACGAGAUGCUUUUCAUCAUCCGUGGCAAGCUGGAGAGUUCCACAACCAACGGAGGCCGGAGCAACUUCUUCAACUCUAUCCUCCUACGCCCUGGUGAAUUCGCUGGCGAGGAGCUGCUCACUUGGGCCCUGCUUCCGAAGACCAACGUCCACUUCCCACUCUCUACAAGGACCGUGAGGAGCCUGACAGAGGUGGAAGCCUUUGCUCUGCGAGCCGAGGACCUCAAAUUCGUCGCAAACCAAUUUCGGAGGCUUCACAGCAAGAAACUCCAACACACGUUCCGGUUCUACUCCCACCAUUGGAGGACAUGGGCUGCCUGCUUCAUCCAGGCGGCCUGGCGGCAGCACCAGAGAAGGAAGCUGGCUGAGAGCCUGAGCCGAUGGGAGUCAUACUCCUCAUGGUGGUCCGAAGAUCACCCAGCUGCUGAUAAACCUAAGCAGGAGGGCACCUCAAGCGGCACAAGAACCACCGCCGAGGGUGCCAUUGCCCAGAUGCAUAAGUUGGCCUCCGCGUCCAGAAGGUUCCGUGCCGACGAUACAAUGAUCCGUAGGUUGCAGAAGCCUGAUGAGCCAGAUUUCUCCGCAGAUCAUUUCGACUGAAGCUGAUGCUUCGCCGGUGAAAACAUAUAGCUUGCACAAAUACAACCGUCCCUGAUACUCAUUGUACGGCGCCCCUCAUUGUAUAUUCGUGUUUGUUCCAAAUACCAGUUUCUAUUGUAAAUCUAGGACAUGAUGAAUCUAGUGCUGCCAAUGUCACAGAUCAUACCCUACUGAUGUAUAAAUGCACUCCCUUUUUGUAUAUCACCAUGUUUUUGUAGCCACACUGAUACAUUUCCCGUUUUCUGCGUGGAUUAUACGGUCUCUUAUGAAAUUUCUGUGAAAUUCUUGUCA